UCCUUUCUGGCUGCGCCACCUAAGGGUUAAGCAUCCAGAGCCUGUAAAUCGACACUUACAUGUGACUAAUCGCAUAGUUUUUAAACUGUCCGCCUCGGAGAGGAGAUUAUUGUCUGAGCUGCGUGCCGACGAGAGGGCAAGAAUGCUGGCGCCUCUGUGAUCCAUGAGGCGUAAGGGAAGAUGCAGGAGGAGCUGUCCGUGUUCGACCUGCUGGAGUGUCCGCUGUGCUUGGAGCCGCUGGACGCGACGGCCCGGGUCCUGCCAUGCCAGCACACCUUCUGCAAAGCCUGCCUGCGGAAGCUGGCCAGCUCCUGCUCUGAGCUGCGCUGCCCCGAGUGCCGCGCGCUGGCACCGGGGGGCGUCGAGGAGCUGCCCGCCAACGUCCUGCUGCUGCGGCUCCUUGAGGGCCUCCAGCGGGGCCCCAGGGGGACCCCCAGGGUAGCCAGCAGCAAGAACAGGCCCCACUUGGCCCGGAAUUAUUCCAUAAGGAGAAGCAGGGAGGCUCGCUACUCAGCACCCCGACAGGCACAAGGGCGUAAAAGCACUCCUGACAGGGUUCCCUGGUCGAGGGCCUUGCAUAAUUACCACGGAAACCUCCCCGAAGAGUCCAGUGUUAAAUCAGGCGACGCUGCCAUUCCCCGGCGGAAGGUCGACGAAAACGGUUACCACAGAGACCUUCCCGGCACCCCGGCCCCCGCUGACUCGGCAAAGAUGCAGCCGGCUCCGCCCCUCUGUCGUGCCCUCCAUGACUUCGGGCUCAAGGAGAAAGUGCGGGAAGAUGGCAGGGACCUUCUGCCUUUCUUCAAGGGCGACGUCAUCACUGUAAUAAGACGAGUGGAUGAGAGCUGGCUGGAAGGAAGGGUGGGAGAUAAAACCGGCGUUUUCCCCAUCCGGGUCACUGAGCCAAAUUCGGCGGCUGUGAAACUCCUGGGGAAGCGGAGGGGACGGGGCUGCCCGGACUCGCGGCGGCGGCCCACCAGUGCCAGCAGGGACAUCACGGUGGCGGAGGCAUCUGGGCGCAGACUUGGGCCCGGGGCCCCUCUCAGCCCCGCGGCGACCCCCACCGCCGGCACCGUGAGCCGGCUAAGCCGGCUGCCCCGGGGCCCCCUGGGCGGACGGCAGGACCCGAGUGUCUGCGCCCCCACCUUCCCAGAGCCUGGCGAUGCCGGUGCCGCGGCCCAGGUUGUUGAACGCCGCUCCGAUGGAUAUGGGAGCGCCCUGUUCCAGGGUCCCACCCCGGCCCCCGCAGAGAGGAAAAUGGUGCAGGAGGCCCCGCCCAUCAUCACCAUGGCACUGGUCAGCCCCCAGUCCCCGAUGGCCUCUGUGGAGACCCAGCAGUCUUCCAGUCAGCAGCUGUCCAUCAGCGUGGCUCCGCCUGCGGGGGCAGCACCGAUCACAGGGUGUCCGACCACGAGCAGCUUGCCAGCAGAAGGGAGGUGCGCCACGCUGUACUCCUACACCCCAUGCCGCCCAGAGGAGCUGGAGCUGCGCAAGGGGGAGAUGGUGGGCGUGUACGGCAGAUUCUCAGAGGGCUGGCUCCGGGGUCUGUCCCUCAGGACAGGCAAAGUGGGCAUCCUGCCUGCCAACUACAUCACGCCAGUGCUCAGAACCACAGCGAGGUUCCUGGAGCCGAGAGCUGCUCCUCCCCCUCUGAGCGCUCCUGGGGGGAAGAGGCCGGUGGGGUGCAAGCCCCAGGGGGCAGGCCUGGGCCAGGACAGGCCCGCCACCAACGGGCCUAUUAGGUCAGCUGGACAUGGCCCUGUGGUUACCAUGGCGACCCAAGCCAUGUCUUCGGUAGGCGCCGGUUCCGGAUUGGCUAAUCCGCACACCCUGAGGAGGGGUUUCAGGGCUGCGCACGGGGGCUCCUCCCUCCAGACGAUCUCCUCCCAGGCACCUCUUUCGUCCUCGGUCCGACCCCAGCAGAUGACCCUUCUGGGGAUCUCCCCGCAGAGCCAGGGUCUCUCCUCCGUCCUCUUUACACCCAAGACGAGAAGUGGCCUUGCCCUAAGCGCCUCCAGGCUGCCCGUCUGGAAUCACGUAGCGACAGCGCCCUCUGCUGACGGCUCCCUGUCGUCGGAGCCCCGAGACGCAGCACCCAGAGGGCCUCAGGAGAAGCAGGCUUCGGCACACCCUCAGUCGAUCCUGGUGAAACCAGACUCACAGAAGAACGCUGCGGAGAAGCCUCUCAAGUCGGUGCGGUUCCUCAGCCAAGGGGCAUCCCGGGAGAAAGCAAAGACCCUGCCACCCAGGGCCCACGCCGGCUUUGCCGCCCAGCUCGAGCUCCCUGUGCUGGAGGCGUGGGGAAGCCUUCCGGCGUUCCCCACCGCGCAGGCCGUGCUCGUGGACGGCAAAACCGCUGGGAUGCGGAGGGGCGGCACUGUGGAGGGGCUUGAGAGAGUCGGCUGAGCGCGUCGGAGCCUCCGGCCUCCCAGGGAUGGUGCCAUGGUCUGUCUGUGACACAUGCUACACCCUAACCCCACCCUCACUGUAAACCUGAGUCCCCUGCCAGCAGCACAGCAGACCCUAAGCAGUCCAUGAGGCCGCAGCUGCUGAAGCAUUCAGUCUCCCAGCAGUCGUCCUGAAGUCCGCUCUCCGCGGCCUCCGCUUCCUGCAGGUCUGUAGCACACGUCAUGUUGCACCCGUGAGCCUCUUAAACGGCCGAAGGGCAGCACCAUGGCUUGGGUGACCGAGUGUCCUGUCAUGGUGUCCCCUGGAUGGGCUUUCAGCUUACAGUCACCCCGCACUGGACAAGGGCUUCUGGGAAAUGGAUGCAUGAUGUAACCAUGUCAAAAGCAAAGGUGAAAAUGGACAAUGAGCUGCCCAUCAUCGUCAUAAUUAUCAUCAUCACCCUCCUGUGAUAAUUGUGCACAUUUUAAAAAAGCAGCAGUGUUUCAGUCUGUUACGGUAUGGAGUCGCACUUUCGUGGGCAGGAGCAUUACCACACACUCCUGUCUGCUGCGAUCUCAGCCACACUGCUGUUUAGUUCUCUCACACUCGUCCACUCUCCUUGGGCAUCUCACCCUGCAAAAUGCUGAGGGUGCAGGCGAACUUUCCCACGUGCAUUUCACAUGUCUGUAAUCAGGGGUGUUUAGGACCACUGACUUGAUUCUGAGUAAGAAGGCGUGUAUGUUCACUUCUGAUCUUACUGUUCAGUGAUUUGGAUCUAACCGUAUUUGAACCAUGACACUUGCAAUUACUGUUGGCUUCACUCGAUGUUCUGCAACGUCGCAGAUUUGGAGCUCUGAUUAUUUUGUAUUUUCAUUUUUGUUUGUGUGGUGCUUUAUUCAGACCGAAAGAUAACAAUAACAUGUAAGUAUGGAUUACAAAGACAUUAUUAAAUGUAUAUAAUAAUAUUCCUAAGCGAUGUGUGAAUGGCCAAAAUUAUUGGAAACCAUUAUUCAUGUUUAAGGUAUUAAACAUUUGCGGUAGCUUUCUUGUACUUAAACCAUGUGCAUUCACUUUCAGUCCAGUGUGGCCGGUAUUACAAGUUUGCAGAUGGUUUAAAAACCAGUCACCAUUAUGACGGUGAGCAGAUGUAGUUUCUCAACGUCACUCAGCAGCCACCUUAGUUUGAAAUGCACCGCAUUCUAUUCCGAUUAGCGAACGUCAGUCACUCCACUAAAUAUUAACCAGUUAAAACAAGACGACACCAUGAUGAAUAUAACCUCUUUUUAGUACUAAUUGCAUUUGUAAAUAACAGUGUGUAUAGUGUGACUAUCUUUAUGUGUCUUCAUGCCAUUUAAACAAGUGGCUUGGUUCUGUUUUCCAGUGGUGCCAUAACUUAAAGACACAGCAUGUAAUUAACUGCCAGCAAACAGCCAGUGUAUCAGGGUGGGGUGGGGUGGAGAGGAUUCUCCAAAGGUCACUCAGUGGCCCAGCAAAGCUGCUCAGCUUCAGGUAAGCAGUGGUAACCAACAUGCCUAAACGCUAAAUAACUACCACCUGCCAUAAUUUUCACACAGCUCCUUAUAUGCUAAGCACUCACAGGUGGUUCCAGUAAAGCGCCCCCCCCCAUCAUUACAGGGAGUGUUCUUGGCGUGCCUGUGUAUCUGGGGACUACACCCCAGCUUCAACCGUAGCAGAAACCUGAGGUGUCAGGACCUGCCCGAAACGAAAGGAUGCUGGUGUCGAGUGCAGCCUGCCUACCUGGGGAACAGGGACUGCCUUGCUGAGAUCGUUAAAUGUUCCUCAGUUAGCACACUAAUGCCGUUACAGAAAGCAGCAUUUUUACUUAUUAAUUCCAAGCUAAGGCCAGAAUAAACCUGUAAAAUUCCCCAGCAGAUUAAGGAUUGCAUUAUGCUGACUAUUGCUGGCAGUAUGACAUGCUGAUACUUCAACUGAUCAUUCUUACAAUGUCAUGUUACAAAAGGUGUGUUACAACCCUCUUUUCAUUGCCAGUGUGACAGUGAAAUAUUUUUUAAAAAUAAAUUGCUUUAUGUUGGGAAAGGGAAA